AACACGGCGAGGAUAAAACAAGAUGGCGUCUGACGGUGAAGACGUUAUUGCAGUCGUCACAGUUCAGUGUUCUUAAUCUGUGCGUCCAUGUACACAUAUAUGUCCUUUAUUACACUCUAUUAAAUAGAGUAAUAAUAACUGUUUGUAUAUUAGUCUUUGAUGCUUCUCCAGCUAGCUUAGCUCUCUAGUUAGCUUAGCUUGUUAGCUGCUAACAAAGAGAGGCGGAAGUGGUGAAAACACAUCGCUAAGCAGAGAUCAAGUGUGAGUGUAAAGUGUUGUGAUUGUGUGAAAAUGUGCGAAAGAACCAUAGCAGAGUACGAGGAGGAACUUUGUCCAACAAAAGAGGAGAAGGAGCGACAACAUCAAGUUGUGUUACACACAACAGACAUCCAUCAGCUGAUUGGACACCAAGAAGAAUGUCUCCCUCAUCUGCAGGGGGACAGUUUCACUUUAGAGGAUCCACAGCCCUCACAUUUUAAAGGGGACGAGGAGGAUCCACAGCCCCAUUUUUUUAAAGAGGAAGAUGAGGGAGAGUGUCUUGUAGGGCAGGAGGAGGAUGAUGUCAUGACUGUUGUCUCUGUGAAGACUGAAGAGCAUGAAGACAAAGCACCUGAGUCCUCACAGCUUCAUCACAGUCCAAACGUCUGUGUAGAACAUCUUCACCCUGAGCAACAGAAGUGGAGCUUCAGGAUGCGGACAGAGGAGCCACAGCCCUCCCACAUUAAGAAGGAAGAGGAAUACCCACUGAUCCCCCAUUUUAAAAAGGAAGAUGAGGACCCACUGACACCCCAUUUUAAAGAGGAAGAGGAGGACCGACUGGCAUCCCAUUUUAGAGAGGAAGAGGUGGAUCCACUGAGCCCUCACAUUAAAGAGGAAGAGGAGUACCCACUGAGCCCUCACAUUAAAGAGGAAGAGGAGGAACACAGCAUCAGUCAGCAGGGAGAGUAUCUUGAAGGAGUGGAGGAGGUUGAUGUCACCAAGAUGUCAGUGACUGGUGUCCCUGUGAAGAGUGAAGGUGAUGAGGUCAAAGGUGAGAGUGAGGAGAAGAGAGAGGCGGAGCCUCCAAGCAGCAGCUCAACACAACACAUGACAACAGAAGCUGAUGGAGACCACUGUGGAGGAUCACAAGUCGACAAGAUCUUCGCUCCACUAUCAGAUAGUGAGGACACAACGUCACACUCUCCUGACACUGAUGAUGAACACUCUAAAGAUGAUGCAACAUGUCACACUGACAACACACACUUCAAAUGUUCUCUCUGUGACAAAACUUUUAAAUAUCCUAGUAAAUUGAAAAGACACAUGAGAACACACACUGGAGAAAAACCUUUUUCAUGUUCAAUCUGCAGUAAAGAUUUUACUCAUAGGCACGAUUUGAAAAUACACAAGAGAACACACACUGGAGAAAAACCUUUUUCAUGUUCAAUCUGCGGUAAAGAUUUUACUCAAAGGCACAAUGUGAAAAUACACAUGAGAAUACACACUGGAGAAAAACCUUUUUCAUGUUCAAUCUGUAGUAAAGAUUUUACUCAAAGGCAAGAUUUGAAAAUACACAUGAGAAUACACACUGGUGAAAAAGCUUUUUCAUGUUCAAUCUGCGGUAAAGAUUUUACUUAUAGGAACUAUUUGAAAAGACACAUGAAAACACACACUGGAGAAAAACCUUUUUCCUGCUCAGAAUGUGGUAAAAGUUUUAUAAUAAAUCAAAGUUUAAAAGUACACAUGAGAACACACACUGGAGAAAAACCUUUUAUCUGUUCAAUCUGUGGUAAAGGUUAUGUUCUAAGUUACAAUUUGAAAGUGCACAUGAGAACACACACUGGUGAAAACCCUUUUUCCUGUUCAAUCUGUGGUAAAGGUUUUACACGAAAUCAUUCUUUGAAAGCACACAAGAGAACACACACUGGGGAAAAAUCACAUUCCUGUACAAUCUGCAGCAGAAGCUUUAGUGAACGAUCAGCACUUGUAAGACACAUGAGAACACACCCAGGAGAGAAAGUGUUGAGUUGCAGUGUUUGUGGUGAAAGAUUGUCUUCUAAGUACCAGUGUAAGAAACACAAGUGUGCUGGUGAGAACAGCAGCAGCAAAUGAAGAUGCAGGAUUUGAAAUAAACUGUCAAGACUUUAAUGUUGACUUUCUAACAACAUCAGCACAUAUAACAUGUGUGACAUCAUUGUUGUUUGUGUAACUAUCUUUUUAAUAUGCUUCUACAUUUAUAGAUUAGAUUUUAUAUUUAUUAUAUAUUAGUGCUUUUUUCAGUCAAGUACAUGCAUUAAUAUGCAACAUUGUGUACUUUUAUUAAACAUUGAACAGAACAAUUUGACUGAAAAGGUGAGAGUAAACAGUACAAGACAUAUUUUACAUACAAUAAACAUUUUAUGUGUAUAUAUAUUCAUCGUACAAUAUUAGACUUAUUCAUAAUAGUGUUUUUUAUAGGUGUUAGAAAUAUUGAAGUGUGACAUGUUUGUAUUUCUAAUUAUUAAUGAUCCCAUAGAUUAGCACCUUUAUAUGACAUACAUAUGUACUGGUUCACAUCUGAAACAUCUUCUGGACCACUUCAGGAAGCAUAUUAUUAUUUACUUUAUUACAUAAUUUGAACACUUGUCUUUUAUACAAUUUUAAAAUGUGUGAUUUUAUUAAUCAUUUGUUGGGUUUCUAUAAUCCAUUCUCUUAAUUGUCUUUAUUACUCUCUUUUGUAAUAUGAUGAUUGUGUCGUGAUUGUUUCAUAUGUAUGUCCCCAGACCUUUAUGCAAUAUAAAAGUGAGAUAAAAUGGCUGAAUUGUUUGUGGAA